CCGCUGACAACCUCUCUUUGCAGACUGCUGCUUCUGUGCCUGCACCUGCAAGGAAAGUGCAGGGAAAGAAGGGAGGCUGACUUUCUGGAUGCCAUUUCAGUUAAAACGAACCAUCAUGAGGGGCUGCACAGUCGCUGUCGUACUCGUCACUCUCACACGCGUUGCUGUAGACGCCGGUGUGAUUACCAAUAUAGUGGCCGCGACAGCACCGUUGCGGAACAUUGGCAGAACUGCAAAAAUGCCGAAAUUGCCAAAAAUGCCAAAAGUGAUGCGCAACGUUGGUGCAGUGGCCAAAGAGCAGAAGUUCGACCCGCACAUCGAACACAAAAUUGAUAUAAUGUUGGAUCUGGCUCCCAGCCCCGAAGAAGCAGUGCAAGACACUGGAUACAACGGAACUGGCAUCUCCGGUAACCCACUGUCCAAGGCAUUUGCGGCGAUACAAAUAAGGUGCGGUAAUUGCCUGUGCAAACUUCUUGUGAUGAUAGACCAAUAUGGAGAACAAAUGGGCUGCACUCAAGCGGUGAAAAAAUUAUUUUGUUUUUGCCCACCCUCAAGCUGCUAUAUGAACGAAGUUACGAAGUGUCUAGAAAAGUGGGCCACCGGAAAGUGCAAGUAUGAAAGCCUGUUGUUCACUUGCCCCUGAUUUCGCAAUAAAGGCCUCGUUAUCAAACUCCG